AGGCAAGCGACCAGCUGAGCACAGAGCUGAGGACAAGGCUGAAGGCAUAUGUGUGUGUGUGUGUGCGUGUGUGUGCGGUCUUCCUCCCCUACAGCACAGGAGGUGAGAACAAGGCACUGAGAGCCAGACACAGAGAGGGAGAGACAGACAGAGACAGGCUCUUCGCUGGACCAGACAUCUUCAUUGCUGUGGAGGGAUGAGGAGGGAGUGGUGCAGAUUGCCCUGAAGCUCCCGGGACAGCAGCAGAGGCUGUGGCUGUGGAUUGGAAGUUUCCUCAGGAGUAUGCCAGUAUCUCAGAAUGCAGCUGAGGAACCUGCUGUGGCGCCACUCGGUUGCCAUGUGGCUGCUGCUCCAGAGCUUGGUGCUGAUAACCUUUUGCUUUAACUCGGCCACCACAUGUCCCAAACUCGAAAGCUGCUACUGUCAAGACCCGGAUAAGCACAUCAUCCGGUGCAGCAGGAUGAAAUUGAAAGAGGUCCCCAAAGACAUCCCGAACAACACCAGGGUCCUCUUCCUCGAUUACAACGAAAUUACUUCUGUUCCGAACGACGCCUUCAAAGACCUGCACCACCUGGUGGAACUCAAUCUCUCCAAUAAUCUCAUCCACAAGUUGGAAACGCAUGCUUUUCGGGGCUUGAACGAAAGCUUGACCGUUCUGAGCCUGUCGAACAAUAAACUACAAACUGUGAAGGGCGAAGUCUUCAACAAACUGAAAGCAGAUAUAACACUUUCCAACAACCCUUGGUUGUGUGACUGCACGCUGCAGAACAUGAUCAAGGAACUUUCUGUAAAAACCGUGGCCUCCAACGACAUUAUCUGUGCCUCCGCUGCCCAGGAGGAGUUUGUGGGGAAACCUUUUCUGGAGGCUGCGCACAAAGUGAACUUCUGUAACAUCCACAAGAAGACAACUGACGUAGCUAUGCUGGUCACCAUGUUUGGGUGGUUCACCAUGGUGAUAUCCUACUUAGUGUACUAUGUCAGGCAGAAUCAGGAAGAUGCCAGGAGGCACCUGGAGUAUUUGAAGUCGCUGCCCAGCAAGCAGACCAUGGGAACCGUACAUAUCGACAGAGAAUGAGCACUCCACAUGAGCAACAUUCCCGAGUCGGAGUUGGACGGUCUCAAUAGAGGGAAGGGGAUCCCAGAUCAUAACUCAUAACUUUGGAAACUAUUUUGAAACAUGAAUGAAACAUGCCUGGAAUACUCACAUUCCCGCCAAGCCAAUGGGCAGGGGAUGACCAAUUAAAAAAAGGACUGGGUAUUUGCUGGAAAAUGUACACUGCUUGGCUGACAGAAGAAAGUUAAUGGGGUCAUUCUGCUCUCAGGAAAGAACCAUGUCAACCACCUCAGAUGGAACCUCCGCUAGGCCUGUAGCAUAAUCUGCCUGUGAAUUCGGACUGAAAAUGCAGCAACAGAAGAACGUUUCGGAGGGCACGGGCCGGUUUCUGUACCUGAAACGUUACCCGCAUUCCCUUCAGCCGAAAAGCACAAUGUAUUCCAGGAAUCGCGAACAUCUUUUCAAGUGCCUGAGAAAACAGAAUCUGUCUCUAACAUUGAUUUUACAUUGUUUUUCUGCUGCAUUCAAAUCUCGGUGUCUUUUACCCUGGUCUGUACAGGCUGUAUGUCUUUGUCCCCAUUUCCUGUUCUUGUUACAUUCGUCUGAGCUCAUGUCACGGAGUCCUGUAGC